AUGAUCGCCGCUCAGGCCAAGCUGGUCUACCAGCUCAAUAAAUACUACACCGAGCGCUGCCAGGCGCGCAAGGCGGCCAUCGCCAAGACCAUCCGAGAGGUCUGUAAGGUGGUCUCGGACGUGCUAAAGGAAGUGGAGGUGCAGGAGCCUCGCUUCAUCAGCUCUCUGAGCGAAAUCGAUGCCCGAUACGAGGGGCUCGAGGUCAUCUCGCCCACCGAAUUCGAAGUGGUGCUCUACCUAAACCAGAUGGGCGUCUUCAACUUCGUGGACGACGGCUCGCUGCCCGGCUGCGCGGUGCUCAAACUGAGCGACGGGCGGAAGCGGAGCAUGUCGCUCUGGGUCGAGUUCAUCACAGCGUCUGGCUACCUCUCCGCACGCAAGAUCCGCUCGCGUUUCCAGACGCUGGUGGCCCAGGCGGUAGACAAGUGCAGUUACCGGGAUGUGGUCAAGAUGAUCGCCGACACCAGCGAGGUCAAGUUGCGCAUCAGGGAGCGCUACGUGGUGCAGAUCACUCCGGCGUUCAAGUGCACCGGGAUCUGGCCUCGCAGUGCGGCACAGUGGCCUAUGCCCCACAUCCCCUGGCCCGGCCCCAAUCGGGUGGCGGAGGUCAAGGCCGAAGGGUUCAAUUUGCUCUCGAAAGAGUGUUACUCGCUGACCGGCAAGCAGAGCUCCGCGGAGAGCGACGCCUGGGUACUGCAGUUCGGGGAGGCAGAGAACCGCCUGCUGAUGGGCGGCUGCCGAAACAAGUGUCUCUCUGUGCUGAAGACGCUGCGGGACCGUCACCUGGAGCUGCCGGGCCAGCCGCUCAAUAACUACCACAUGAAGACGCUGCUGCUGUACGAGUGCGAGAAACACCCCAGGGAAACGGACUGGGACGAGGCGUGCCUGGGCGACCGGCUCAACGGCAUCCUGCUGCAGCUCAUCUCCUGCCUGCAGUGUCGCCGCUGCCCGCACUACUUUCUGCCCAACCUCGACCUCUUUCAGGGCAAGCCACAUUCGGCCCUGGAGAGCGCUGCCAAGCAGACCUGGAGGUUGGCCAGGGAAAUUCUCACCAAUCCCAAAAGCCUGGACAAACUAUAG